AUGUAUUAGUAAAAUUUAAAUACAUUUGAGAUAGAUUAGGAUGAUGGUUAAAUAGGAUAUAAGUCAUUAUUAAAUGAUGAAAAUAUUAGAAUCCAGUUCAUACGUAAAGUAAAUAUUAUUAUUUAAUUAAGGUUUACUUAAUUUUAAGUUUUCAAUUACUAUUUACAACCAUAUUUUGUACAUUUUCAUAUUUCUCAACAGGAUUUGCCAUUUAUUAAUUAUAAAACACAUGGCUAUUUUAUCUUUUGUUAAUAGUUGGUUUGAUUUGUGAGAUUUCUAUUAUAUGUUGUAAGAAGUACUAUAAUGAUUUUAUAAAUUUUAGUGUUUCUAGAAAAGUUCCAAAUAAUUAUAUUAUAUUAGGAAUAUUUACAUUCUGUGAAUCAUGGAUAGUGAGUUAUAGUUGUUCAAUAGCAUAUUUAGUUUAUCCAGAAAAUGGUGGAUAAUUGGUUCUUAUUGCUGCAGUAUUAACAUUAGCAAUAACAAUAUCAUUAACUUUAUAUGCUUUUACAACAAAAACAGAUAUUACAAUGGCUGGAGGAAGUCUCUUUAUAUUUUCAUCAGUGUUAUUAGUAUUGGGAUUAUUCUGCUUUAUAUUCAACUCAAAAAUUAUAUAUAUGAUAUAUGUAGCUGGAUUGGCCAUUAUGUAUGGAUUUUAUUUAAUUUAUGAUACUUAAUUGUUGAUGGGAAACAAAGUAACAAUAUAUAUUAUAAAUUUUUAGGAAUAUUCUUAUUCUAUUGAUGAUUAUGUAGUGGCUGCUUUAUAAAUAUAUAUUGAUAUAAUAAUGUUGUUUUUAUAACUAUUGUAAUUAUUAUUGGAAUUAUUUGGGAAAAAGGAAUGA